AUGAAGGGAGGACACAGUCGUGCCUUUACCAGAAGAUUCUGUAUGUUAAGCAUCACCUUCAUCGAUUUCUUAUGGCCCAGCCUUGGACCAACCUCCACAGAUGGAAUUGCCACGGCCCCUCUUCUCCGUGGCAGCUCUGUGGACACUUGCUUGCUGAUUGCCUACCCGUUGGAGCCCUGGGCUGGGCCUUUUCCACAGUCCUACCUUGUGGUGCUUCCCACAUUCAUCCUGGAGAAGCGAUCCUUGCUGGAGAUGUACGCAGAUUUUAUGGCGCACCCGGACCUGCUGUUGGCCGUGACCGCUGCCGCCACGCCGGAGGAGAGGGUCAUUUGCUUCGUGGAGUAUUACCUCACAGCCUUCCACGAGGGCCGCAGGGGGGCUUUGGCCAAGAAGCCCUACAACCCCAUCAUCGGUGAGACGUUUCACUGCUCCUGGGAAGUCCCCAAGGACAGGGUCAAGCCCAAGAGGACUGCUCCCCCGUCUCCCGCCUGUCAUGAGGACUCGAUGGCCGACGACCCUUCCCAAAGCUACAAGCUAAGGUUUGUGGCUGAGCAAGUGUCCCAUCACCCGCCCAUCUCCUGCUUCUACUGCGAGUGCAAGGAGAAGAGACUGUGUGUCAACACUCACGUAUGGACCAAAAGCAAGUUCAUGGGCAUGUCCGUGGGGGUUUCUAUGAUAGGAGAAGGUGUGCUGAGGCUCCUGGAGCACGGAGAGGAGUACGUCUUCACCCUGCCCAGUGCCUACGCACGGUCCAUACUCACCAUCCCCUGGGUGGAGCUCGGAGGAAAAGUCAACAUCAGCUGUGCCAAGACGGGGUACUCGGCCACCGUGAUCUUCCACACGAAGCCUUUCUACGGAGGGAAGGUGCACAGAGUCACAGCAGAAGUGAAACACAACCCAACCAACACCAUUGUUUGCAAAGCCCACGGGGAGUGGAACGGGACCUUGGAGUUCACGUACAGCAAUGGAGAAACCAAAGUCAUCGACACGACCACGUUGCCAGUGUGUCCUAAGAAGAUCAGGCCCCUUGAGAAGCAGGGGCCCAUGGAAUCCAGGAACCUGUGGCGGGAGGUGACCCGAUUCCUGCGGCUGGGGGACAUCGACGCGGCCACCGAGCAGAAGCGGCACUUGGAGGAGAAGCAGCGGGCCGAGGAGCGGAAGCGGGAGAAACUCCGCGCGCCGUGGAAGCCCAAAUACUUCCUCCAGGAGGGCGACGACUGGGUGUACGUCAAUCCCCUGUGGAAGGCACACUGACGGGUGGCGGCGCAGAACUUUCCGGAAUAGCCCCGUUUUUUAGGCAUUAAAGUGGCAGACUAUCAAGGUUCUGUUGGCGUUCACUGAGACCUCGUGUGAGCAUCCGAGAAACGAUCACAGAGAGAGGAAUUACAUACUGUGAAGUCUGCACCCCCAGACUCUGCUAGAGAAACGAAUUUAUCCAAGAGCCACUGGGGCACGUGUGUGUGUACACACAGUAUAUGUUCACACGCAGGCACUACGUACACAUCUGCUGAUGGCGGACACGAGGUCAAUACCGCACUCACCGAGGUUGAAGUGGGUUAUCGAGAGCUUCUUUCUAUCAAUCAGGUUUGAGGUUUUCUAUUUUCCACUUUGCCGGAAAUGAUUUACACUCACAAAGGUAGUCUCACUCGGUCAGGUCCCAUCAAAAUGGUGAACUGGCAUGACCCGGUUGAUGUCCACACAAUAGAAGGCGGUUCAUUCCUAGUGGAGGGUGGGGGCGACCAUUUCAGAAUUAUUGUGAUUCUCACCCACUCCCCACCCCAGUGUUGUGUUGGUCCACAUCCGAGGAAGAUCAACAGCCGUUUCCCGCUGUGUGGAGCUGGGCAGGAAGCUGCCAGAGCCUUCCGGGAUAUGGAGCACCACCAGGAGCAUCGAGAACCAAGCCCCACCGGGUUUCCUGCCCUCUCUUGCAGUCAGAGCACUAGUCAUCCAUUUUUAGAAGCUGCUGCUUUUACAUCAGAAAACAAAUCAUAUGGAAACUUCACUACUUUUAUGAUGAAAAAGGGCUUUAGAAGUUAAACACACACGCAUGCAUAUAUAAACAUGCACAACCACAGCUUCAAUCUUAUAUCUAAUUUGGGGAAAGAGAAAAUCAUUUCCCAUGUUUUUUUUUUUUUCUUUCUUAAGUGCACCUCUCUGGUUGACACAAACUCUGUAAGAAAAGCACUGUGAUUAAAACAUACGUACAGCCUGCAUAAGUAUUCCAUGGUUUCAGUUAAAUUUCAGGCCUUAGCCUUUACAAGUGAGGUCAAAGAUGUGACCAAAAUAGAAGGCAAGGGAAAAAAAAAAAGAAAUAUUUGAUUUCUUGCUGAAUGCUUAAUUUAUUUUUUACUGUGCCACUCCAAUGACAUUUAUAAAAUCCAAUAGCAUGACUGCUUCUCUGUAGUAAUACUAAUCUUGUGCCUUUUGUCUGCUUUCUUAAGACCAAUUGUUCACACUUUGUAGAUAUUAGACAAAUAUAUUUCGAUUAAAUACUAUA